AUGACGAGCAGCAGCGUGGACAUGGACUGUGAGAGGUGCCAGUGCCACAGUGAGGACAAGCACACCGCCAUCCUGUACACCCUCCUCAGCCAGAACCUCAGCCACAGCCCAGUGCAGCAGCGCUGCCUCUGCCACCAGCGCCGCACCGUCUGCCUCCGCACGCCCCACGUCACCUGCCAGGCGGCCUCCAACGUGCUGUUAAAGACCAUCAGCUUCAUGAAAAACCUCCCUUCCUUCAACCUGCUGCCACGAGAGGACCAGCUCCUGCUGCUGGACAGCUGCUGGGUCCCCCUUUUCCUCCUGGGGCUGGUCCAGGAGAUGGUGACCUUCGAGGUGAUGGAGACCCCAGCCCCCAGCAUGCUCAAGAAGAUCCUCCUCAAUGGGCAAAGCAAACGGCAGGAGCCUGAGUGGACACAGCCCACGCUGGCGGCUGUGCAGCGGCUGCAGUGCUGCCUCAACACCUUCUGGAGCCUGGACCUGAGCCCCAAGGAGUACGCCUACCUGAAGGGAGCCAUUCUCUUCAAUCCUGACGUCCCUGGGCUGAGGGCCUCCCUGUACAUCGAGAGCCUCCAGCAGGAGGCCCAGCGAGCGCUUCAGGAGGUGCUGCAGCCCCUGCACCCCGAGGACCAGGGCCGCUUCGCCCGCAUUUUGCUGAUUGCCUCCACCUUGAAAUCCAUCCCUCCUGCCCUCGUCACAGAUCUCUUCUUCCGACCCAUCAUCGGCAACGCGGACAUCAUGGAGCUCCUCGCCGAAAUGCUCUGUGAGAUCACGGGCAGGCAGCUGGCUCCUGCGGCAUGUUGA